AUGUACUAUGGACAGCAGGGCAAGGUAGACGCAAUUAAAGCAACCAAACUGCCUGAUGGAAGUGACGGUCACCUAUCAGCAGCGAAGGUACAUACAGACCGGUUGCUCAGAGAGUGUAAGAGAUACCACUCGAAUGCAUAUCAAGCAACGAACACGGCGGCACAUAGCCAAACACUGAGUACUGUACCCCCAAUCGACAAGCAUCCCAAACCAGACAGUAGUAUACCCAGACAGCUCAAUGUAAUGGGACAACCCGAAGAGAAAAUGGAGCGCGCGGGGCACGUGCUCGUCCCUAUUGCAAGGUGUCACCAGCCCCAUAUCGCUUUAGGCAAUGUCCAAUGA